UUCUAUAACGACCAAAAUCUCCAUGCAGACGCGAUUGAAGCCAUUCCCAAAUAAGUACACAAAAGAUGCUCUCAUUCUUUAGUCUCACACACUACACCAGUAUUUAUAGGGGGUAACCUCUACACAAUUUCCCCAUGCAAAGAAACUAGUGGAAAGAGGAGAGAACCAUGAAAAUGGGUAUGGAAAAUUCAAAGUUCUUUCUCAUUCUCAUAGUAUUUGUGGCAUUUCUGGUGGGUUCUCAAGGUGUAGGUGACAAGGAAAAGAAAGGGGAGCUCUAUAAUGCUAAAAAUGGAGGGUAUGGAGGGCCUGAUGGAGGGUAUGGAGGAGGGGGGGAUGGAGGAUAUGGAGGGGGGCCUGAUGGAGGAUCUGGAGGAGGGGGGCCUGGAGGAGGGGGGCCUGCUGGAGGAUCUGGAGGAGUGGGGCCUGAUGGUGGAUAUGGAGGAGGUCCAUAUGGAGGAUAUGGGGGUCCAUUUGGUGGCUACGGAGGAGGCUUUCCGUUACUUGGGGGGCUUCCAUUGCUUGGAGGGCUUCCAUUUCUUGGGGGUCUUCCUUUGCUUGGAGGGCUUCCAUUUCUUGGGGGGCUUCCACUUCCUUUCGGAAGGAAUGGGCGCGGAUUUGGUUUUGGCAUCCGUGGGACUGGUGAUGGUGAGAAAGAAGAUUAUGGAGGAAAGGGAGACAUCCCUAACCCUAAAGGAGAUUAUGGAGGAGAGGGAGACAUCCCUAACCCUAAAGGAGAUCAGGGUGAGAAGGGAGACAUUCCAUACCCUAAAGGUGAUUACGGCCGGAAGGGAGGCUUUCCUAAACCGAAAGACAAUUAUGGCAGGGGGAAGGGAGACAUUCCCAACCCUAAAGGAGAUUAUGGUGGGAAAGGUGACAUUCCUAAAGGUGAUGGUGGAGCUGGUGGUGGCCAGAAUCCAUAGCCAAACAGAUGUUGGUCAACUGAACUGAGGUGUACUUUAACCAUAUAAAUAACUAGCCUAGCUCAAGAACUUCGGCCUCUUUGGGAUUGUUAGCUCAUCUAUAGGGCCACAGGACAUUGGUGCUUUACAUAUCUGUAAUGGGUUUGCUUUUAAAUAAAUUUGCCUCAGUUGUCUCUAGUCUCCCUAUUUCUGCCUUGAAAUCUAUACAUUUCUUCUCUCUUUAUUUAUGUAAUUCUUCUGGCCAUUUCUCUCCUCCCCAUGUAAUAUAAUAUGUAAGAUAAUCUUGAGAACUUUA